AUGACCAGAAUUCUACCAACGGCGCGUCCUGCCCUCAACAAAGGCACUAAUAAACAAAGAUGUUUCAAUAAAUGUGCCCUGGACCUGAAAACAACCUCAGAUAGGGGAUUGUGCAAGCCAAUUUGGCCUGACAAAUGGGCCACUGGAAUCCACUGGACUCCACUGGAAUCCACAUGGAUUAUGGUUAGGUUAGGGUUAGGGAGGAGGAGCCAUGAGCUGAAGGUAUGUGCUCAGUACUUUGAGUUCAUGUUCAGGUGCUCCAAAAAAUCAGGGUAUCAGAUGGAAGAGGAUUGCUUAACAUACCUCCAAGUUGCUCUGCCAAGUCUUUUGUUUCCAUCACAUGUCUACCAUAAACCAAGGUCAACCAUACUUAAGAUGGACUUGGAGAUCGUAAAGAACUUCCUUGGUUCCUCAUCUCCUGAAGAUGGACUUGAACCAGAUGGAGAUCAUAGAGAACUUCCUGGUGUUAUCAUAAUGGACUUGUUCAAGUUGCUUGACAAUCAUGGUGGAGAACUUGCUGACUUAGUGUCAUUGAAUGCGAGUGACAUCAAAACGGUUCUUAAGAUCUUGGGCUCAGAUUCACCGUCCCCCAUGUGA